AUGAAGCGUCUUACUCAAGCCCUUGUUGGCCUAAUACUCGCAUGUGGUGUUUGCGCCGAAGCUCGAGUUGAGAAACAAUCCGGCGGAGAUGUCACCCAAUCGCCCUUUAUCAAAGAGGUAGUCGUCUGGGUCAAUGAAAAGGGAGAGCCCAUCAGCACAGAAACACACUACGUCAAGGCCUUAACCUCCGCACUACAAGAGAAUCAACCUCCAAUAUCAAUCCCGGACACGGAUAGCUCCGGUAUAGCACCGCCACCUGAAGUAUUCAAGAACAACGACGACGUGAAGGAUCGUCCAAACCAACACACAGACAAGCACAAGGGUCCAAAGCCCCCUAACCUCCACCCCAAACCGCCCGUUUCUCAUCAUCGCCCUCCCCAGCACCCGCACGCCCAUUUCGGCAUAUCCUACUCCCCGUACAGAGCAGACCGCACAUGCAAGGGCGAAGAAGAAGUAAACCAAGACCUAGACAAAAUCUCCGAAUACUCCUUCGUCCGCAUCUACGGCACAGACUGCGACCAAACAAGAAUAGUAAUUAACGCCGCGCGGCGGCACAACAUGCGCGUUUUCGCCGGCGUCUAUGACCUAACCGAUUUCCCAGGGAGCCUCAGCGCCUUCGGCGACGCCGUAACAGGCCCAGACGGCAAAAAAGACUGGUCCAUCUUCCACACGAUCGCCAUCGGCAAUGAGCUCGUAAACGCCGGCACCAACUCCGCCAGCGACGUCGUGGUCGCCGUCCAGAAAGCACGCUCCGUACUUCGCGCACAGGGCUACAUGGGCCCCGUCGUCACAGUCGAUACCUUCUCCGUUCUGCUCGACCACCCGGAGCUGUGCCGAGUCUCUGACUACUGCGCUGCAAAUUGCCAUGCGUUCUUCGAUGCUACUCAGCGACCUGCUGGUGCUGGUGCGUAUGCACUAGAGCAGGCGCGUAGUAUCUCUGCUCGAGCUGGUGGGAAGCGUACUAUGAUUACGGAGUCUGGGUGGCCGCAUGCUGGGGAUGCGAAUGGGGGUGCUGUCCCUUCGGCGGAGAAUCAGCAGGUGGCUAUUGCGAGUCUGAGGAGGAGUUUUGAUCACCGGAGGGAGGACUUGGUGCUUUUUACCGCUUUUGAUGAUUUGUGGAAGGAUGAUAAUAGUUUCACCUUCAAUGCGGAAAGGUUUUGGGGGAUCCAUAGGGAUUUGUAG